CGCGCGCUCUUCGGUGUUGUUUGGUUCAUCUCGUUAAACGGCGCGUCUUUGGACUGAUAAUAACUACUUUUUCUUAAAGCAGAAAUUAUGUUCGUCGUCUUUAACAGUCAAAGGGUGUCGGUCAUCAUGCAUAAUCAAGGUGGUAAAAUUAGUUUUCUUUAACCUACUGAGUAGUAUCAGACAAGAAGUUUGGCGCAAGACCUGUGAAGCUUGAGUUGGUGCUAUUGCGUCUUCUAGAAACGCCUCCAUCUUGUACCGCACAGUGAAGGAUAUACUAAAGUGCCUUUCGGCAAUACUGUACUUCUGUUUGAUCCAUCAAAAUGACUCCCAACGGAUAUCUAAUAUUUGAAGAUGAGAGCUUCCUGAAUUCUACUGUGGCCAAGAUGAAUGCCUUGCGUAAAAGUGGCCAGUUUUGUGAUGUCAGGUUGCUGGUCUGUGGACAUGAGCUGAUGGCUCAUAAGGCUGUGUUGGCCUGCUGCAGCUCUUACCUGUUUGAAAUCUUCAAUGCUGACACGGAGCCACAGGGUGGAGUUUCGCUGGUUAAAUUUGAUGACCUUAACCCUGAUGCUGUGGAAGUCUUGCUCAACUAUGCCUACACAGCCCAAUUAAAGGCUGAUAAAAGUCUGGUCAGUGAUGUGUAUUCUGCUGCAAAGAAGCUCAAAUUGGAAAGAGUUAAACAGAUUUGUGGAGAUUACCUGUUAUCCAAAAUGGACUCCCAAAGUGCCAUAUCAUACCGCAACUUUGCUAGUAGCAUGGCUGAUGGGCGGCUUCUGGGCAAGAUUGAUGGCUAUAUCCAGGACCAUCUUCACGAGAUCUCAGAUCAGGAUGACUUUCUUAAACUUCCACGUCUGAAACUGGAGGUUAUGCUGGAGGACAACCUGAACUUGCCAGGUAAUGGCAAACUGUACUCAAAGGUGAUAAGCUGGGUUCAGCGCAGCCUGUGGAAGAAUGGAGAUCCUUUGGAGAAACUGAUGGAAGAGGUGCAAACGCUGUACUACUCAGCAGAUCACAAAUUGCAUGAUGGGAGUUUGCUUGAGGGGCAGGCAGAGGUCUGCAGCACUGAGGAUGACCGCAUCCAGUUUGUGCAGAAGAAGCCGCCUAGAGAGAGGGACGAAAUGGGCUCUGGUGCGUCUGGCAGCAUCUCUCCCUCCAACAGCCAGUUCAACAAGCAUGAAUGGAAGUACAUUGCUUCAGAAAAGACCACCCACAAUUCAUACCUGUGUCUGGCUGUUCUGAGAGGUCUGCUGUGUGUGAUCUCCCUGCACGGCCGCACCAGUCCUCAUAAUUCUCCGUCUGCUACACCAUGUGUGCUGAAGAGCCCAAACUUUGAGGCUCAACCAGAAGAUCUGCAGGAGAAACUGUUGAAGCCUAUGCAUUAUGCCCGUUCUGGCCUGGGAACCGCUGAAUUGGACAGCAAGCUUAUUGCUGCAGGUGGUUACAACAGAGAAGAGUGCUUGAGAACUGUGGAGUGUUAUGACCCAAAGAAGGACUGCUGGACUUUCAUUGCUCCGAUGCGCACUCCACGAGCUCGCUUCCAGAUGGCUGUGCUAAUGGGCGAGGUGUAUGUGAUGGGUGGCUCCAAUGGUCACUCAGAUGAGCUGAGCUGUGGAGAAAUGUAUAACCCCAGAGCUGAUGAGUGGAUUCAAGUUCCUGAGCUCCGCACCAAUCGCUGCAAUGCAGGUGUGUGUUCCUUGCAAAACAAGCUUUUCGUAGUGGGAGGAUCUGAUCCCUGUGGACAGAAGGGCUUGAAGAAUUGUGACUCCUUUGACCCAGUGACAAAAAUGUGGACCAGCUGUGCACCCCUCAACAUCAGGAGACACCAGGCAGCAGUGUGCGAGCUGAGUGGAUACAUGUAUGUGAUUGGUGGUGCUGAGUCCUGGAACUGCUUGAACUCAGUGGAACGCUACAACCCAGAAAACAACACUUGGACCUUGGUGGCCUCCAUGAAUGUGGCUCGUCGUGGAGCUGGUGUAGCUGUGUAUGAAGGAAAGCUCUUUGUGGUUGGAGGAUUUGAUGGCUCUCAUGCUCUGCGCUGUGUGGAGGUGUAUGAUCCAGCCACGAACGAGUGGAGGAUGCUGGGAAGCAUGACAUCAGCACGGAGUAACGCAGGUUUGGCGGUAUUGAACGAUGUGUUGUGUGCUGUCGGGGGAUUUGAUGGCAAUGAGUUCCUCAACUCAAUGGAGGUGUAUAAUCUAGAGAAGAACGAGUGGAGCCCGUUUCUAGAGGCGUUGGGUAAAAACUGAAUGGUGCCAGGAUCUGGUCUUUCCUCAAACAGAUGAACAGCAGUCACAUUAUAAUGCGUCGGUCUUAGAACUGUGGACACAAACUCAAAGAUACUCAUAGCGUUGCCCAAAGCAACAUGAAGCCUUUGCAUAUUGCAUAAUUACAAUGUAUAUAGAUUUUUCUUUCUCUGUCUCUUUUAUUUGUUAUUUCUCUGUGAAAGCCAGUACUUGAAGUGAUGUUUGGAGAUGGUAAGCUUAUUGUCAUAGUCUAAACCAUGGCUAAAAUUAAUGCCUUGCUAAUUGAAGAUGAGAUUAAUAUCUGUAUAGUUAGUCUUAGAUCAUGAAAUACUUAAGGCGUGUUUUAAAUGGAGCCAUAAUGCUUCAAUGGGAUUGUAAUUUUUGCAUUUUUAUAGCAUUUUUAUAAAACUUAUGUAAGUGUCUAAUAUGUAAACCUGACAAGCAUUCUUUCCAGUCAAAUCGAAUCUGUGCCACAGGCUUGUUUUUACAUUGAUUCUUAUUUAGGUCUGCUUUACGUGAAAGACGCCAGCGAUGAUUAUGCCACUUAACAUCGAAUAAUGUCUCAUUCAAGAUCUUGUUAAACCUGAUUUUUUUUUUUAUUAUUAUUUUGGUACAAAAAAAGGUGCAAAAUUUAAUAAACCGUUAUGACUUUGAGUGCAUUGACUAAACUUUUAUUUAUCAUUCCUGAAAGUUACAUUUUUCCCCUGAUUUUAAACAAUUUCAUUGGUUUGAUUGCAUGGGGAAAGAUAAUUUCUUACUCAAAUGUGUGAAUCCACAUUUGGUAUAAUAAUGUCACAAUUCCAUUCAGAUUACAUGAUGUAGUAAGAGGAUUAAGCACCGCUGUAGUGGAGAGAGCCAUGACAGAGUGAAAUUAGUGUAAAACACUUGGCAGUUAGUCUAUGGGUUGUUUUAAUGGCCCAUUUAUUAAAAUGAAGAGUGUUUUAGUUCUCUGAGUGCUGUGUUAGUUGGGCAAUAUGGGGAUGUCCUAUCAUAAAUUAUAUAUGCCAAAAGGUAUUCUGUAAUAAAAUGUACUGCAGUAAUGAAUA